AUGUCCAAUCCCCAGCCUUCAUCACACCAUCACCAUCGCCAUACAUCCUCUAACCCAUCCGCUCACUACUAUCCCACAUCCUCGCACCACGCGUCUUCAAAACAUCAUUCGCACCCACUAUACAUCUAUCUUUCCCGCGACGAAAAUUCUGCGUAUGCGCCGCGUGAUAAGAUUCUUGAUCCGAGGACAGAGAAGUAUAUUGACUUGGAACGAUACAAGGAGAUUGAGAGGGAGAGAGACGCAAGAGGGGAGCGAUAUCUUUGGGAGGAAGGAAGGGAGGAGAGAGAGAGGGAGUUGAGACGUGUUUGGGGACGGGAGGGAAAGUUGGGAAGACGACGUGCCAGAGAAUGGGGUUGGUAA